CACGAAAGACAAAAGCAUCAUCAGCAUCGAUAGUAGGAAAAGCCAAAUUGGCUGAAAGAGUUCAUAACAGUAAGGGUCGAAGACUUUCAUUAAGUAAAUCACAAAUUGAAGCCACGAUUAGCGAAACAUUAGAGGAAAUCAAAAAAGCUCUUCUUAAAGGAGAGUCGAUUCGUUUCCCGGGAUAUUUUUCUUUACAGACGGUAUUACAGAAGCCUCGCGUGGCCAUGAAUCUCCAAACUAAGAAAAAAAUGAGUAUUCCGGCUAAAAGAGUUCCUAAAGCGAAGUUCUCGGUUGAUUUAAAAAAAGAGAUUAGUAAGAGGAAAGCAGAUAAGCUCAAUGGUAGAGCCGUAGCCUUCCAAGCUAUUGAUGGGGGAUUAAAUUUAAAAGACGGCACUGAUAAGUAUGAAGUACGUACAAAAAAUGGCGAAGCACAAACGGUGAAAUUUGAUGACAAGGUUAAGGAUGGUGGAACAGCCGAAGGGCAAGUGGAAUUAGAAUAUAAAAAAGAGAGCGAAAAUAACAAAAAAACAAAUGGGGACUUUAGAAUUGAAAGAGGAGUUGCCACAAGCAAGUGUUGGUUUUUUCGCGUCAAAAAGAUGACCAUUUUGGACAAUAGCGGGUGGUAUUGUUGUCGGAUUACUUCUACUUAUCUGAUGAUGAAUUGCUUCCAGACGCAAAGAAGACAAAGAGGAAGAAAGUUUAUAAGACGAGGAGUAGCAAUUACUCCUCUUUUUGACUAUGUGCUACAAAAAAAUAUUGGGGAAUUAUUGGCGGAAUUGGAAAAAUCAGCCGCACCAAAAAAAGAAUUAUUGGUGCUAGAAGUUGAUGCGGAAAAAUUCCCCCAGUUAGCCCAAAGAACACAAUUUCGGCCCGUUGGUAAAGUGAUUAAUACGUCUCCCUUUCACGGAGAAGAUCGCGGUAAUUGUCUUUUGAAAGUGAAGAGGCGUAGUUCAAUGGUAGAACAUCGGCCUUCAGAUCCGAGAAUGUGGGUUCAAUUCCUGUCGCCUCUGCCAGCAGAAGGUAAAGUUAAUUUCGACACCACUCCGAAAUCGAGUUUAGACUUGAAAAUCUUGGAUAACAACAAUAAGGAAGUAAAAGAAAAAUCUCUUCCUGGUUCUGACAACAUUCUCUAUAAUAUAACCGAGACCGAAGGGAAAAUUCAAUUGAAUUUUUACAAAAAAGAUGCCACUACCACUUCUUCCAAGGUUUUGCUCGAGGAUCAAAUUAAGAUUGAACCAAAAUAUUAUGUGACUAGUGAAAUUGCUUUUUCUGAAGGAGGCGACUUAACAGAGGAAGAAAAUAGUAAACCUAAAUUAACUGCAGGCUGA